AUGGCAUAUUACUUUAUAUUUAUCUAUGUCUUCAGAUGCGUCUAUCUACCUCUUUUUAGAUACAUCUAUCUAUCUAUCUAUCUAUCUAUCUCUUUUCAAAUAUAUACGUUUAUCUAUCUAUCUAUCUAUCUAUCUAUCUAUCUAUCUCUUUUCAAAUAUGUCUUUCUCUUUUCAGAUCCGCGUAUCUCUUUUCAUUCACAUCUAUUUUAUCUCUUUACAAAUACAUCUAUCUAUCUAUCUAUCUAUCUAUCUAUCUAUCUAUUUUUAAAUAGAUCUAUCUAUCUAGUUUCAGAUACGUUUAUCUAUCUAUCUAUCUAUCUCUUUUCAGAAAAAAUACGUUUAUCUAUCUAUCUAUUUAUCUAUCUAUUUUCAAAUAUGUAUUUCUCUUUUCAGAUCCGCGUAUCUCUUUUCAUUCACAUCUAUGUAUCUUUCUAUCUAUCCAUCACUUUUCAGAUAAAUCUAUCUAUCUAUUUUCAGAUACGUUUAUCUAUCUAUCUACCCCUUUUCAGAAAAGUCUGUCUAAUUAUCUAUUUUCAGAUACCUCUAUCUAUCUAUCUAUCUAUCUAUCUAUCUAUCUAUCUAUCUAUCGAUUUAUUUAUUAUACCAUUCGUUGUAGUCUUAUUAUAA